CACGAUCCUUCGGCAGGUGCAAGGCGCCCGUCAGGAGAGCUUUCAAGCUUGCAGCACCCAGUCCCUGCGUUCACUGAAAGAGAGGCGGUCCUAAUGCGAAAUUAUAUCGAACACAUGGCUCUAUGGGCGGACAUCACUGAUUCGCAACGACAUUUUGAGGUCCACGUACCUGUAAUAGCUGUCGAGGAACCAGUUUUGCGAUCUGCCAUCUUUGCAUUCUCAUCGCGGCAUAUCGACAGACAAAGAGCAGGGGACACGGCGGAGGCAUUGCAAUACCACAAUCAUUGUCUUCAAAUGUUGAUUCCAGCUCUAUCUGGCGCUCAGGAGAAAAUCACAGAUGUGAUUCUGGCUGCAGUGGCAAUUCUCCGCGAACAUGAAGAAAUGGACUGGGAAGACAACCAGUUCCACCUCACCGGAACAACACACAUCCUCAACUCCGUCUCAUCGUUUGGCUCGUCCGGCGGCUUAGGAGAGGCCGCUGCAUGGCUUUGUCUCCGCGAAGACAUUUACGUCUCGCUAACCGCGCAAAAGCCGCUUCGAACAAACUUGCAAAAUUUCAUCCACUCAGACAUAUUCCAAAGAGAUGACGAUUUUGCCUGGGGCAGCCGCAUGGUCUUCCUCUUGUGCAAGGUUCUCAAGUGCGCAUUCACCUAUGAAGCUUCUACGGAAUGUUUGGCGCUUCUUCAUGACGUCGAGCAAGAAGUGGAGAGAUGGUUUAAUGCCAAACCGAAUACGUUUAAUCCAAUCCGGCUUAUUCCGCGUACACAGCAGCGGGGCCAGCGGUUCCCAAAUAUUUGGAUGCUGUUGCCGAUUCAUGUAAUCGGUCUGCAGUACUAUCACGUCGCCAAGAUUGUGCUUGCUGUUUCGAGUAGCCCAAGUCCUGCUGUGGGAUAUGAGAAUUUGAAGCACUUGCGGAACAUUGAGAGGACCAUUCGGAAUCACCUUCUCGUCGUCCUUGGCCUGGCGAGAUCAAAUACCAAAGCAGAAAAUGCUCUCUUCACUGCUCGACAUAGCUUGGUAGCCUGGGGCUGGGUCCUACGUAACAAACUCGACCAAGAAGCCGCAGAGACUCUUCUGCGGGACAUGGAAAUGACGACCGGUUGGAACAUGACUGGGCUAAUUCAGACAUUGCGAGAACAGUGGAAUGAUGAAGAUUCUGAUCAUUGAUAUUUGUGCUUCGUUACAUCUAGUAUGGGCUGAACUAGGGAUAGGCCAUAAGUUCCGUCGGUAGAUAAACUGUAUCGUUUCUAUGACCAGUCAAUGUUUGUAUGGCAGGGAAUUAACACUCCUAGUUAUACCGGCGUCCCUGUAGCUUGGUAUCUUUAUUGUUUGCUCGCUUGGCGCUAUCGUAUACUACCGGUCUGAGUCCUGUUAUUCACACACUGC